AUGGAUGAAGUUCUUAAAGAUGAACGUUUUUCACACAUUGCCAAGGAUCCAAGAUUUUGGCAAAUGCCAAAGAAAGAAAAGAAAGUUAAGAUUGAUAAAAGAUUUCAAGCAAUGUUUAAUGAUAAGAAAUUUCAGGUGAAAUACAGUGUUGAUAAAAGAGGUCGACCAAUAGAUAUUAGUAGUAAAGAUAAUCUAAAACGUUUCUAUGAUUUAUCUGAUUGCACUGAUGAAGAUGAGUCUGAAAAGAAAUCGAAGUCAGAGAAAAAAUCUAAGAAGAAGAAAGAUAAGCAGAAUAGAUUGGCAAAGUCCAGUAAAGUUUCUGUUGACAGCUUGGAAACAAACAAACAGCUGAAUAAAACAAAAAAUGCAUUCGAAAUUGACAACAAACAAGACAAAAAGAAAGAAAAGCAGACUGAUAAUCAUGAUGUUUUUUCCAAAAGCAAAAAGAAAGCAAAAAAGCAAGAUAUUGAAAUCAAUAUAAAUGAAAGUGAGCAAAUUGAUAAUCUUGAAGUUGAUUUAGAAGAAAACAUGAGCAAAAAUAGUGAGAGUGACAAUGAUAAUUGUAAUGACAAUGACAGUGAUAAUGUUAAUUCUAAUGGCAGUGACAAUGAAAGUGAUAGUGAUGAAGAAAGUGACAGUGACUAUGGUGAUUCCGAUGAUGAGCUAGAUCCAUCAAGAGGUGUAGGUCAAGAAGAAGAAAGUUCCUCUGAAGAGGAAUUUGAAUUUGAUGCAGAUGAUAAUUUUGAUCAUAAUUGGAUGGAAUUAGAGAAAGAUAUACCAGAAGUUAAAGAUUGUAGUAAUAGAUUAGCUGUUUGUAAUUUAGAUUGGGAUAGAAUUAAAGCUGCUGAUAUUUUUAUGUUAUUUAAUUCUUUUAAACCAGCUAAUGGAUAUAUACAAUCUGUUUCAAUAUACCCAUCAGAGUUUGGAAAAGAAAGAAUGAGAGAAGAAGAGUUUGAAGGACCUAAAGAAUUAGUAGAGAGAAAUGAUAAUGAUGUACCACAAACAUCAGAAGAAAUAUUAGAAGAAAAGUUACGUCAAUAUCAAAUCAAUAGAUUACGGUAUUAUUAUGCUGUUAUUGUGUGUGAUAGUAUAGAUACAGCUAUUAAGAUAUAUGAUGAAUGUGAUGGCAAGGAAUUUGAAACUAGUUGUACUAAAAUAGAUUUAAGGUUUAUACCAGAUGAUAUGGUAUUUGAUGAUGACCCUAAGAGUACCUGCAAAGGAGUAUCGGAGUAUAAACCUAAUUACUUUUCUAAUUCAGCUCUGGGUAGAAGUCAGGUGAAACUGACGUGGGAUGAUACAGAUCAAGACAGAUUAAAGGUUACCAUGACUAAAAUAGAUCCUAAAAAAAUAGAUGAUUUAGAAAAAGAUUAUGAAAAUUACAUAGCAUCUAGUUCUGAUGAGGAAGAAGCUGGUGAAGCAGGAUCUAGUAAUUCUGAUAGUGAUAACAGUGAUACAGAAGAGAAUAGAUUAGAGAAAUACAGACAGCUAAUACAAGAUAUUGAUGAGAAAAAGAAUAAAAAACAAGAAGAAGAUGUUGAGAUGGAGAUAACAUGGGAACCAGGGUUGAAAGAAACAACUCAAAGUCUAGUCAAUCAAAGUUUAGAAAGUGAUAUUAAAGUAACACCAUGGCAGAAAUUUCUAGACAAGAAAAAAGAAAAGAAGAAAGAGAGAAAAAAAGAAAGAAAACAACUGAAAGAAAAAGCCUUGAUGGAUGCUUUUAGUGAUGAUGAAGUACCUGAAGGAGUUGAUAUGACUGAUCCUUACUUUAAAUCAGAAUUAAAAGGUAAGGAUUCUGAAAAUAGAUUUCUUGAAAAGUCAGAAAAAAACAACCUUUCAUCAUUGCCAUUUAACUUCACUGAUGAUAUAUUACAGGCUAAAUUAGCUUUACUAAUGAUGGAUGAUGAAGAUGAUAGUAAACAUUUUAAUCUUGAGAAACUAGUUAAAGAUGCUCAAAAGAAAAAGAAAAAGAAGAAGAAAAAGAAGUUAGAAGAAGAUGAUGAUAAUGAUAAAGAAGAUGAUUUUCAAGUUGAUGUUGAAGAUCCCAGAUUUUCAGCUUUGUUUGAUUCUCAUCUGUUUAACGUGGACCCGUCAGCUCCAGAAUUUAAGAAAACCAAAGGAUCAGAAGCAUUUGUGAAUGAAAAACAGAAAAGACGACAAAAAGAAGGAUAUUCUAAACCUUUAAAACGUAAAAUAAAUUUAGAUAAACAAUUAGAGACUGUUACUGAUGAGUUGCAACCUCCAACUAAAGAAUCAAUAUCACAUUUAGUCAAAUCAGUGAAAACUAAAACUCAAAAGUUUCAAGCUAAAAGAAAGAAAGUGUCUUGA